AUGUGUCUCGUCUUGCUAUUGUGGCGCCUGCUCAAUAUAUCCAAGAAACCUCCCAGGAUCAUACACCCUGCCCAUACGCAACCUCUUCCCGGUCCUGACGAACGUCCCUACCGAAGUCCCGAGCAACCUCUUCCCAGGUCUGACUCUUUGCCCCCUGGGCGGACGUCCAGUACGUCACGUUAUUCCAAAUUAGGUCUUCUACCAACGGAGCUGCUUCUUCAAAUAACAUCUCACCUACCCGCGGAAAGUGUCGCAUGCCUUGCUCUGACCUCGAAGCACUACUACGCCACGUUACGCAAUGAGAUCGACAUGAGGUUUCCUGACCUGAAACAAAAGGGUUGCUUCAUGCGUUUGUACUGGCAAGACGACAUUCCAGAGCUUAUUAUGUGCCGGAUAUGCAACAUUUUGUAUCGUUGGGAGGACCAUGACACUUGUCCACGAAAAUAUCAUCAUGGCGCCCUGUGGCAACAUGAAAGCAUCACUUUCAGCUGGCAGCAAGUGAGAUAUCAGAUUCACCCGGAAUGGGUUGACGCUUACGUACGCGGCUUCGUCAAAGGAGAAAGGUACGGCCCGCCACUCGACGAUUUGUCCUACGAGUUGAAAUCCUUCCCAAGGCCAUACAAGAUGGUGAACACUGUCAAAGCUCGCGUGGUGAGCGCCAAGCUCAUUAUACACUCGACUUGCCAGCUCUACAUGACUUUGCCAGCAGAGAUACAACAACUAGCGUCCGUGGCUGAGAGUUUCACAAGUCGUCUGAUACUGGGAACUCCAAAAGGUCGACAGAUCCUGGGCAUUCCAAAAGAGGUUUCCAAAGGGGUUGACACAUUACGUGACGCUGGAUGCUACCAUGGCAGGCACACCCUGCCUGCAGUGAUUAUGGAUGCGCUACACGAUCUCUCCCGUCCAUGGGAUGAUUCAAGAAGAUGCCACGGCCUACUGCAUUGUGGCCGCUGUGCGACUGAUGCGCGAGUGAGCGUCGUCGCUCACGAUGCACGCACCGUUGAGAUCAAGGUGGAUCAAUGGCACUGUCUUGGGGGUAGAGACCCAGAACAACGACAUCCAUUAGAGAAGGCGCACUUUCAACAGCCAGACAACAGCUAUCUGGCACCAUUCGACACAUCCACAUUGCCCAGCCGGGAUCUUGAACAACUCUACAAUGCAGGCUGUGGAGAAUCGUCCUUAGCACCAAGAUCUGACGUCCGCCACAGUUGGCUACAGCAGUGGACGUGGAACUACCGUCCAUCUUUCAGAAGAUGGCCUGCCAAAGUCUCCCAGUGUCGCAUACCUUCUGACUAA